AGCACCAGAAGGCACGUCACCUAGGCGGCUCUAAUAAAGUGUCUCAGUGCCCUAGAGGUGCCGCCGUGCCGUAGCGUCGCCGCCGACGCCUGCCCCCCGCCGCCAUUGCCGUUCCCGUUCCACCUCAUCUCGCCCCUGCCGUGCCGACCCCGUCCUCAAUCUCCGUCGUUGUUCGCCGAGCAGGAAUGCCGCAAAGGAUUUGCCGUGGAAUCUAUGUCUGAAGGGCAGGAAUGCCGUAAGGAUCCACUGAGGAUUGGUUCACCGCUAUGGAGAAUGAUCAUGGAGAUGGGGAUGAUCUGGGAUCAGGGUGGUUUGAAGUGAAAAAGAAACAUCGAUCCAGCUCGAAAUUCACAUUGCAGAGGUCUCCAGGAGGUUCCAUCAAUAAAACUCCAAACUCUUCAUCACGGUCUCAGGCCAACUACAGUAGUGGCAGUUCAAGGUGGUAUGGCAAGCUACAGCACCCACAUCAAAGCACAAAUGAUAAUCUUGCCGUUGAUGAACUGAAUAGUACAGAAACAACUAAAGUUCAUCAUGAGGAAUGUGUUGAUGUAGGCGCUUGUAACCUGAAGAAUGGAUUCAGUGUUUCAGCUUUAGAGCAUGUAGUGCAAAAAUGUGAAGAGCUGCAGUUGGCUGAAGAUACAAAUGAUACUCCGAAAACUGGCAUGGUUGAUCUCACAGAUCAUUCGGUGCCUCAUGAAUCCCCCAACUGUUCAAGUGAUCUUGCAAAACCUGUAGAACAUAUUGAUUAUGUCAAAGGUUCUCCAAAGACAGAGCUCGUAGGCGUUUUGCCCAACUCUUCUGUCAAGUUUGGAAAUUUUGAUGAAGUCCCAGGUCUAGCAUUACCCUCAGAUGCCUUCAGAGAUAAUAACUCUUCUACAAAGUACAUGGAUGAUGAAGAUGCUACACAGUUCAGAAAUGAAUUAAAAGAUGAAACUAAACUUGAAGAUGAGAUGAAUUCUAUAAGAAAUUCUGAUACAUCUCUGAUUCAUGCAGUGGAGGCACCCACUGAAUGUAAAAGAAAUCCAUUGGAUAUAUGUGAAAUACAAGAUAGUCUUGUAGUUGUUAGUGGUUCAACUACCUUAGCUGACUCUGUCUCCCUGUCCUCAAAUAAUGAUCUUGAACUUCCAGUUACAUCUUCCUCGGUUGCAUCCAUAGAAAGCCAAUCAUUACUUUGUAACCACACAACGGUUUCUGUAGAUCUUGGUGGUGAAACUGCUGAGAGCAAAGAAAGAUUCAGGCAGAGGCUUUGGUGUUUUCUUUUUGAGAAUCUGAAUAGAGCUGUGGAUGAACUGUACCUCCUCUGUGAAUUAGAAUGUGACAUGGAGCAAAUUAAUGAAUCCAUACUUGUUCUUGACGAAGCUAUAUCUGAUUUUCAAGAACUAAAGUCCAGGGCAGAACAUUUUGAUAACACGAAGAAGUCUCCUAGCUUACCAAAGGAAGGGAUGCCAAUGGCUGUGAAAGCCGAUCAUCGAAGACCUCAUGCAUUGUCUUGGGAGGUCAGACGGAUGACAAGUUCACCACACAGGCAAGAGAUAUUGUCUUCAUCUCUAGAGGCCUUCCAGAGGAUUCAGUUCGAACUGGCACGCAAGCAGGCUGGUAUAACUGGAGAGAGCUUUGCAUCUAGCUCUUCUGGGGAAGUUUCAGGUAUUUCAGCAAAGCUGACUACAGCAUCAGCAACAGUUGGGAAUAUCAGUUUGAAAGUGGAGAGUCAGGUGAAACUUUCUGAUGAUAAUGAGAAAGAAGUUACUGAAGAGAGACAAAGUAAGGAGGCAUUUAAGUCAGGUAGAUCAUUCCCACAAAGGAGUAGAAGAGGGGCACUAGAACCAAUAUCUGAGAUAGCUAAACACACUUCUAAGGAUAGGGUAAUGACAGAGAACAAAAAGUCAACAGAUAUUGUGAAAAGGAGCACGACCCAUCUUGAAAAGGAGAAGCAAAAUACAGCACAGUGGAAAUCAAUGGAUGCCUGGAAGGAAAAAAGAAACUGGGAAGAUAUACUAAAAUCUCCUGUUCGGAGUUCCCGUGCCUCUCAUUCUCCUGGUGUUGGCAGAAAAGUAACAGAACGUGGACGUGUUCUACAUGACAAGUUAAUGUCUCCCGAAAAGAAGAAAAGAAGUGCUUUCGAUACGAAAAGAGAAGCAGAAGAAAAGCAUGCACGAGCUUUGCGGAUCAGGAGUCAACUAGAAAGUGAGAGAGUUCAGAGAUUACAACGUACCACUGAAAAGUUAAGUCGUGUAAAUGAAUUGCAGGCUGUGCGCAGCUCAAAACUGCGAGAAGUAAUGAAUGCACGCCAUCAACGUGGUGAAUCUCGUCAUGAAGCGUAUUUAGCCCAGGUUGCGAAAAGAGCUGGUGAUGAGAGCACUAAGGUCAGUGAGGUUCGCUUUAUUACAUCACUGAAUGAUGAAACUAAGAAAUUCUUGCUGAGGCAGAAACUUCAUGAUUCUGAGAUGCGGAGAGCUGAAAAGCUACAGGUGAUCAAAACAAAGCAGAAGGAGGACACUGCAAGGGAAGAGGCUGUGUUGGAACGAAGAAAGUUCCUUGAAGCUGAGAAAAUGCAGCGCCUUGCUGAAAUACAGCGUAAGAAAGAAGAAGCUAUAGUCAGAAGAGAAGAAGAGCGCAAAGCAUCUAGUGCUGCACGAGAAGCGAAGAGCGCAGAGCAACAACGAAGAAAAGAGAUAAGAGCUAAAGUGCAACAAGAGGAAGCUGAACUUUUAGCACAAAAACUAGCUGAAAAGCUCCGUGAAAGUGAGCAGCGCCGGAAGUUUUACCUUGAACAAAUACGUGAGAGAGCUUCAAUGGAUUUUAGGGAUCAGUCUUCACCUUUUCAGCGCCGCUUCCCAAGUAAAGAUAGCCUAAACCGUUCUACGUCAGCUAAUAGUGGCGAAGAUUCACAGAUAGUAGGCAAUGCCAGCACUGCAGAGUCUAUGGUUAAAACAUCCAAUGCCACACAGAUGAAACGAAAGAUUAAGAAGAUUCGUCAGAGAUUAAUGGCUCUCAAGCAUGAAUUUGUUGAACCAACCAUAGGUGAAAACACAGGAAUUGCACAUAGGGCUGCUCUAGGAGCUGCCAAAGGUAAGUUAAGUAGAUGGCUUCAGGACCUGCAAAGACAUCGUCAAGCUAGAAAAGAAGGUGCAGCGAGUAUUGGUUUGAUUGUUGGAGACAUGACGAAGUUCUUAGAAGGAAAGGAUCUCGAGCUGCAUGCUACUAGACAAGUUGGUUUGCUUGAUUUCAUUGCGUCUGCUUUACUGGCCUCACACACUUCAAGACCAGUAGCUUGUGAAGUCACUGUUUACCUUUUGCGCCUGCUUAGAGUGUUACUCUCACUCCCAGCUAAUCGAACUUAUUUUCUAGUACAAAAUCUUUUACCUCCGAUUAUUCCCAUGCUAUCUGCAUCACUAGAGAAUUACAUUAAGGUGGCAGCAUCAAACUCUGGAAGUUUGAAUCUUCCGUUAAGUAAAACUACAGAGAACAUGGAGACAGUUGGUGAAGUUUUAGAUGGUUUUUUAUGGACUGUAACCGUCAUUGUUGGUCACUUAUAUGUUGACGACGAACAACUCAAAAUGCAGGAGGGUCUGAUAGAACUGAUUGUAGCUUAUCAAACAAUUCACCGUCUGCGAGAUCUUUUUGCCCUUUAUGAUAGGCCCCAGGUGGAAGGGUCCCCACUCCCAUCAUCCAUACUAUUUGGUCUCAACCUUCUGACUGUCUUAACAUCCAAACCAGGGAACUUUUCUGCCAUUGAUUGGGAGUCCUGCAAAUGCAGAACUCUAGCUGGUAACCUAGCUCAUGAAUGUGAGUAUCUUAAUUCACUAGACAUACGAGUUGGCAACCAACUGAUGGCACCGGAUGAGUCUGGAGAUGCCAAAUUACCAUCUAACACUUGUGAUAUUUCGAAAUGUGGUGACUGUGGGUUUAGUGAAGUGGUUGAAGAAAACAAGCCCGCCAAACAACACGAAGGUUCUGCUCUAGGAGAUAUAAGAUCAUUGGAUGAAACUAGAAAAGGCCUGUUAGACCUCUCUGCUGUCCAGAAUAACUCAGGGUCUGUGUCAGAAAUACAAUCGUCAAAUUUGGGAGAUACAAUAGAUCAACAUUUCGAAGUUUCCACUCAGAGAAAUGAAAAUAGUACCGUGGAUGGUCACCUUGAAGGAAGAAAGAUGAAUAAUAUAUGUACAGAAAUAAAUGGUAGUCCUGGAAAAGGCAAUGAAAUAAACUUAAAACAACCUGCAGUGCUUGUACUUUCUGCCAUGGCCGAGACAGGCCUGGUUAGUCUGCCUUCACUGUUGACAGCUGUGUUGCUGCAGGCAAACAACAGAUCGUCAUCUGACCAGGCUUCAGCAAUUCUUCCAUCAAAUUUUGAAGAAGUAGCCACUGGUGUAUUGAAAGUUUUGAACAAUGUGGCAUGCUUGGAUAUCACUCUUCUGCAGUGUAUGCUGGCUAGAUCAGAUCUGAAGAUGGAAUUCUUUCAUUUGAUCAGUUUUCUUCUGAACCAUUGCAUGAAUAAAUGGGGAGUACCAAAUGAUCAGGUUGGUUUACUGCUUCUAGAAUCGAUACUGCUUCUCGGCUACUUCUCUUUGUUCCAUCCCGGGAAUCAAGCAGUUCUUCGAUGGGGUAAGAGCCCCACAAUACUUCAUAAGGUGUGCGACCUGCCUUUUGUUUUCUUCAGCGACCCAGAGUUGAUGCCCAUCUUAACUACUGCCCUCAUUGCCGUCUGCUACGGCUGUGAUCAGAAUAGAAGUGUGGUACUUCAAGAAAUAAGCUCAGAUAUGAUCGUUACUUUGCUUAGGUCCUGCAGAGCGUCAUUACUGGCCACUUUAGAUUCCGUCGCUGUGGAUGGUUCUGGAGCCAAUAAUUCCGGUGACAGCAGUCAUAUCUCGCCGGACAUCAGAAACUCACUGUCUGACAUGUCGAUACGGUCAAGCCGCAAAGGCGUGCGGCCAGUGUUAGGAAAAGGCGUUUCAGGGGCCAUCAGGUUAAAUAGAAACAAGAAUCAAAAGGAUGGCAGAGGAGUACGAGCUGGUGAUGAUGGGGGGCCCAUCAAGCAAAGGGCCGGGGAAGCUUCAUCUGCUUUUAUGUUGCAUAGGAAAAUCCCGGCUUUCUUCUUUGAGAAAGCAGAGGAGUUCUUCUGCAGCGGUGCAUAGUGAAAACGCUGAAUAGCACAAGCUGACAAGACCUUUACCAGAGGCUACAGAAUCCGGGUUUUUGCACAAGCUGACCAGACCUUUUGAAGAAGCUACCGAAUUCGGGCUUUUUUGCACAAGCUGACUGGACCUUCACAAGAAGCUGCCUGCCGAGUUCGGGUUUUUGAGGUGAUGGUGCGGCUGACUAGUGUACCAUGAGGGAGGCAGUGACAUGUCGGCAUGCUGGUUCCAGGUUACCCUGCCUGUUAUUUUUUGACUGAAUCCCAGGGGUUAAAGAUGUCAUUGUAGAGAAUAAGUUUGCGAUGCGGCGUUAUUCAUGCCUCAAAUUAGCCAGUUCCUUGUCCAAAAGAACUGUAUAGAAACAAGCUGUGAAUUGUAAUGUCAAACUCUGGCACCAACACAUGCACACAGGGAAGAAAUACAUCAUAUAUACUAUUUUGGGUGAGCUUCAGUUCAAA